AUGUCUAAGUCGAUCGCAGGAUCUUUAGAAAAAGUUAGAUCACUAGCCGUGAGCGCUGUAUAUACGAACAGUUCUCCUAUUGCUAUAUUGCAUGAUUUGAUAUUCUCGGCAUUGGAAAAUGUCAUCCAAGAACAUGCUAUCUUGGGAGUCAUUCCAGUAGGCGAAGACAUGCCCAACCCGCAUUUUGCGAGGUUACCGCAAUUUGAUCUACAGAAUGUUGUCACAUUUGUAGAGAGAGAAAAGUCAUGGGACCCAGAUACCGAAAUCGAUCCCGAACUUGACGAGAUAUUGGAGCGGGAACAUAACCAGAGUUUCAAACAACGAUACGGCGAAUUGCCCUUCUGGCGGCUAGUCAUCCUACACACACGUUCUCAGAGCGACGCCGGCAGUCUACCACAAUUCACAGCCUGCUUUGUGGUUCACCACGCCAUAGGAGAUGGUCUCUCUGGUAUCGCUUUUCACCGAUCCUUUUUGUCAGCACUAGGAAGAUCAGACCACGCUGGGGCCUCCCGAAAAUCCCCCGGAGACAAUAACCCUUACCUCGUGACUCCAGCAAGGAAAGACUUAAUCCCUUGUCUGGAGGCUUUGCACCCAUUGCCUAUCUCCAUUCUCUAUAUACUUGGUACUAUCUGGAGAGAACUUGUGCCACGAUGGAGCGGUACCGUGUGGACAGCCAAGGAUAUUACUGAUGAUCCGGACAUGAAGAGGUCUCGAUUCAAGUCAUAUUCGAUUUCUGCCUCUAAGACAUCCAAAAUCAUAGAAAUCUCUCGUGGCAAAAACACUACCGUUACCGGUGUUAUUGAGGCUAUUCUGGUCUACACGGUUUUCAACCUACUACCCAAGAACUACACGAUACUGAAAGUUGCUGGCCCAAUCUCUCUGAGGCCCAUACUUCCGAGUAACCUGGUGGAUAAUAAUUCCAUUGGUACUUGGUCAAAUAGCUAUGUACAGGAGCAUAAUCGACCAAUCUCCGACUCCGCCGCGAAAAGGUACUCAUAUAUCUGGGAUGAGGCAGUUAAAGUUCGCACAACCAUUAAGGGAGAACUCGCAAAGGAGGGGAGGAACGUGCGAACAGGUCUACUCAAAUUCGUAGGAGAUUCUCACAAGUUUUUUCAAAAAAAUAUUGGCAGACCGCGGGGAGAAAGUAUUGAACUUUCAAAUCUAGGUGUCUUCUCAGUUCCGGAUGGAGUGGAAUCGUCGGGCUGGAAAGUGUGCAAAGUUUUGUUCAGCCAAGCGGGAAAUGUGGUAGGAUCACCAUUGGAAGUGACGCUGGCAACUGGUCCGAAUGGUCGUUUGAAUGUUGGAUUUUCUUGGCUGGAAGGAAUAGUCAAGGGCACAUGGGUCGAGAUGGUAAUGAACGAAUUUAAGGGGGCCAUAGAAGAGUUAGUUAUUAUCAGGUCUUGA